AUGACGGCGCUUGAAUUCAACAACUGUGUGCAACUUAAGGAUAACGAGCCUCUUGGCAGUGGUAACUUUGGCACAGUAUACAAGGCAAGCUGGCUAAAUGAUAAUGCUGAGCAAACGAUUGCAGUUAAGCGAUUUAAUCAUAUAGCCGAAGAAAACAUUGCAAGUCUUAGCAGUGCAGUGAAAUUAAUGCAGCAAGUAAAACAUGAGCAUAUUAUAGCAAUAUAUGGUCUAAACAUAGAUAAUGAACAACGCACUUUGCUAUUGAUGGAAUACGCUGAGAAUGGUUCACUUUAUAAUUAUAUAUAUGCUGAUAAGCGUGACUAUAAUCAAGAGUUGGCGCUGCAUUGGAUGUAUCAAUGUGCAAAGGGUUUGGCACAUUUGCAUGCACUGCAGCCACAAAUUAUACAUGGCGAUCUAAAGCCACAAAAUAUGCUGCUAAGCAAUGGAUAUCGCACGCUCAAGCUGAGCGACUAUAGUCAGAUUACUGAGCAGGCAACGCAUAUGACUGCAGCUGUUAUAGUAUCCAGUUAUAUGGCACCGGAGCUAGCAAUACUUGAAAAUAGCAGCUACACUGAAAAGUCUGAUGUCUAUAGCUUUGGCAUAGCACUCUGGGAAGUAUUGGCACGCAAGCAGCCCUAUUAUCAUCUGAAUAAUCGCAACUCGCUUGCUAUAAAGUAUAAAGCAGCUGUGGAAAAUGAACGUCCUUGUUUAGCCGAUGUCAGCAGCUCGAAAUAUUUAAAAAUGUUAAUAGAAAAUUGUUGGGAUAAGCAGCCGCAGCGACGUCCAUCGAUGCAGGAUCUAGUGCUAAGCAUUGGCGCAGGCUCGUUUGAGCUACAGCAGCAAAUACUACUUGGUAGCGGCAGCUUUGGCACAGUGCUUAAGGCCAAUUGGCAAACCAGCAAUGGACAAAUGCUUAUCGCUGUGAAACGUUUUCACGAUAUUGCCGCAGCGGAGAAGAUUCAUAAAGAAGUGAAGCUUUUAUCAUUUGUUAAUCACGAUAAUAUUGUCAAAUUAUAUGGCACAUCAAUUGACAAUAAAUCUGGCACGUUGCUUUUGAUGGAAUACGCUGAGAAUGGUUCGCUCCACGAUUAUUUGCAUAAAAGUGAGCUUACUUGCUCUACCAAAACUGCUCUCAAUUGGAUGUACCAGUGUGCUACGGGUCUUGAGUAUCUGCACGCACAGACGCCCAAAGUUAUACAUCGCGAUCUGAAAACCCACAAUCUGUUGCUCACCAAUAAGUAUCGAACUUUGAAAAUUUGUGAUUUCGGCACGGUGACAGAAAUGGCAACAAGAAUGACGGCUGAGGUUGGCACAGCUUAUUAUAUGGCGCCAGAGGUGGCAUACUUAAAGCAAAACAAUAACUAUACUGAAAAGUGUGAUAUUUAUAGUUUUGGAAUUGUACUCUGGGAGGUACUGACAAGAAGAAAACCGUUUUAUCACUUGCCCAAUUCAAAUUCUAUUUCUAUAAUAUACAAUGUUGUUAUUGAUGAUGCGCGUCCACUAUUGGAUGAUGUAAAAAUCGAAACGGAUACGGAUUAUAUGAGAGGCUUACUUGGCUUUUGUUGGCAUAAGCAGCCAGAGUUACGACCGACAGCGUCUGUGCUUAAACUAGCGCUCGAUCUUUAUCCGCAUAAUGUGGACAACGAACAACUAAAAUUAAUGUACAAUAUGGAUUUUAAUAGAGUCAAAUAUGCAGCAACGGAUCUAAUUGGCAGCGGUAACUUUGGUAAUGUUUAUAAAGCCAAGUGGAAAACGGAUAUGGGCGAAAUGACAAUUGCAGUAAAGCAAUUUCAUAAAAAUGAGCAGCCGCCUGAAAAAUUUAAUGCUAACAUUAAUCUGGAGCUUAAACAAUUGGAAGCUGUUAGCUGUGAGCAUAUAUUAAAAUUAUAUGGCACAACAAUUGAUGCAACAGCAGCGACAGUUUUGCUAAUGGAAUAUGCUGAAAAUGGUUCAUUAUAUAAAUAUAUACACGAGGAACAACGGGAAUACUCAUAUAAAACAGCACUUGAUUGGAUUUGCCAGUGCGCAACGGGACUGGAUUAUUUACACAACUUGCAGCCCAUAAUAUUACAUUGUAAUUUAAAAACUCAAAAUUUGCUACUUAGCAACUCAUAUCGUACUUUGAAAAUUUCUGAUUGUGGCAGCCUUACGGAUAUGACAAGAUUUGCAGUAACUAUAGAUACAGCCAGCUAUAUAGCACCGGAAUUAGCACUUGCUAAGCACAAAACUUUUACACAAAAAUGUGAUGUGUAUAGCUUUGGAAUUGUGUUUUGGGAGCUAAUGUCGCAUAAGAAACCCUUUUAUGAUUUGGCUGAUCAGAGCGCUUUAAGCAUUAUGUACAAGGCCGCAAUUGAAGAUGUACGUCCGUCGCUAGAUGAUAUUAAGCAAUACAGAAUUAGAAGUCACAUUAAGCAUAUCAUAAAUCAAUGUUGGACGAAAGAUCCAAAUUGUCGACAAGAAAUUACGAAAGUUAAAGAUUACCUUAAUGUGCUAAGAAAAUGGUAUCACUAAACAAAUUUAUAUGUAUAUUUUAAUGUAUGUACUGUACGCUUAUCAAUUGAUCGUUGAACAUUAAAUGUUAA